CUCCUGGGCCCCCUCUCUAGCCCUCGCGCGCUCUCUUUUCGCCUCCUUUUGGGGCUCAAGUUUCACUCUGGUCGGAAGCCUCCGGAGAUGCGGCCACCUGGGUCCGGGCAGCGCGGGUGGAUGGCACUCCGGUUGGUGAUAUGCUGAAGAUUGGAGGGAGGCAAAGUUGGCACUUCAGGCACGGCUAACAAACAUCCAAACCGCCUGGGGGGUUAGGGAGCUGCCGAGGACUUGAAAGCGGAGCAUCGAGGACUCAGCUAGACUGGUUCCUGAGAGUUAAGCAAUGGGGAGACAUUUGACCUUGCUCCUGCUCCUCCUCCUCCAACGUUUUAGAGACAGUGAUGGAAGCCACAGACUUGAACAGACUCCUAUACAGUUUACACAUUUCCAGUACAAUGUCACUGUGCAUGAAAACUCUGCAGCCAAAACCUACGUUGGGCAUCCUGUAAAGAUGGGUAUUUACAUUACAAAUCCAUUGUGGGAAUUAAGAUACAAAAUUGUCUCAGGAGACAAUGAAAACCUGUUCAAAGCUGAAGAGUACGUUCUUGGUGACUUUUGCUUUCUAAGAAUAAGGACCAAAGGAGGAAAUACAGCUAUUCUCAAUAGAGAAGUGAAAGACCAUUACACAUUAAUAGUCAAAGCAGUUGAAAAAAAUACUAAUGCUGAAGCACGAACAAAGGUCAGGGUGCAAGUGCUGGAUACAAAUGACUUGAGACCAUUAUUUUCACCCACCUCAUACAGUGUUUCUUUACCUGAAAACACAGCCAUAAGGACCAGUAUUGCAAGAGUCAGUGCCACAGAUGCAGACAUAGGAACCAAUGGAGAAUUUUACUAUAGUUUUAAAGACCGAACAGACAUGUUUGCUAUUCACCCAACCAGUGGUGUAGUACUUUUAACUGGUAGACUUGAUUACAUAGAGACCAAGCUCUAUGAGAUGGAAAUUCUUGCUGUGGACCGUGGAAUGAAACUUUAUGGUAGCAGUGGUAUCAGCAGCAUGGCCAAGCUAACAGUUCAUGUAGAACAGGCCAAUGAAUGUGCUCCCAUGAUAACAGCAGUAACAUUAUCACCCUCAGAACUGGACAGAGACCCAACGUAUGCAAUUGUAACAGUGGAUGACUGUGAUCAGGGAGCCAAUGGGGAAAUAGCUUCCUUAAGCAUUGUGGCAGGUGACCUUCUGCAGCAGUUUAGAACAGUGCGAUCCUUUCCCGGGAGUAAAGAAUAUAAAGUCAAGGCCAUUGUUGACAUUGAUUGGGACAGUCAUCCUUUUGGCUACAAUCUGACAUUACAGGCUAAAGAUAAAGGAACUCCUCCCCAGUUCUCUUCUGUAAAAGUAAUUCAUGUGACUUCUCCACAGUUCAAAGCUGGGCCAGUCAAGUUUGAAAAGGAUGUUUACAGAGCAGAAAUAAGUGAAUUUGCUCCCCCUUACACCCCUGUGGUCAUGGUAAAAGCCAUUCCGAGUUAUUCCCAUUUGAGGUAUGUUUUUAAAAGUACACCUGGAAAAGCUAAAUUCAAUUUAAAUCAUAACACCGGUCUCAUUUCCAUUUUAGAACCAAUUAAAAGACAGCAGGCAUCUCAUUUUGAACUUGAAGUAACAACAAGUGACAGAAGAGCCUCUACCAGAGUCUUGGUUAAAGUCUUAGGUGCAAAUAGCAAUCCUCCUGAAUUUACUCAGACAGCAUACAAAGCAUCUUUUGAUGAGAACGUGCCCAUUGGUACUCCUGUUAUGAGUGUGAGUGCUAUAGACCCUGACGAGGGUGAGAAUGGGUACGUGACUUACAGUAUUGCAAAUUUAAAUCAUGUGCCGUUUGUGAUUGACCAUUUCACUGGUGCUGUGAGUACUUCAGAGAACUUGGAUUAUGAACUGAUGCCUCGGGUUUAUACUCUAAGGAUUCGGGCAUCAGACUGGGGCUUGCCAUACCGCCGGGAAGUUGAAGUCCUUGCCACGAUUACUCUCAAUAACUUGAAUGACAACACACCCUUGUUUGAGAAAAUAAAUUGUGAAGGAACAAUUCCCAGGGAUCUAGGUGUGGGAGAGCAAAUAACUACUGUUUCUGCUAUUGAUGCUGAUGAACUUCAGUUGGUACGAUAUCAGAUUGAGGCUGGAAAUGAACUAAAUUUGUUUAGCUUAAACCCCAACUCUGGGGUAUUGUCAUUAAAGCAAUCACUGAUGGAUGGCUUAGGUACAAAGGUGUCUUUUCAGAGUCUGAGAAUUACAGCUACCGACGGAGAGAAUUUUGCCACACCAUUAUAUAUCAACAUGACUGUAGCUGCCAGUCGCAAGCCUAUAAACUUGCAGUGUGAAGAGACUGGUGUUGCUAAAAUGCUGGCAGAAAAACUCCUUCAGGCAAAUAAAUUACACAGUCAGGGAGAAGUUGAGGAUAUUUUCUUUGACUCACACUCUGUCAAUGCUCACGUGCCACAGUUUAGAAGUACUCUUCCAACUAGUGUUGAGAUCAAGGAAAACCAGCCUGUGGGUUCCAGUAUAAUUUUCAUGAAUGCUACUGACCUUGACACUGGCUUCAAUGGAAAACUGGUCUAUACUAUUUCUGGAGGAAAUGAGGAUAGUUGCUUCAUUAUUGACAUUGAAACAGGAAUGCUAAAAAUUUUAUCUCCACUUGACCGUGAAACAACAGACAAAUAUACCUUGAACAUUACUGUGUAUGACCUUGGUAUACCACAGAAGGCCGCUUGGCAUCUUCUAGACAUCAUAGUUCUAGAUGCCAAUGAUAAUCAACCUGAGUUUUUACAGGAGAGCUAUUUUGUUGAAGUGAGUGAAGACAAGGAGAUAAAUAAUGAAAUCAUCCAGGUUGAAGCCACAGAUAAAGAUCUAGGGCCCAAUGGACAACUUACAUACUCUAUUCUUACAGACACAGAUAAGUUUUCAAUUGACAGCAUGACUGGCGUUGUUAAAAUUAUCCACCCUUUGGAUCGUGAAGUACAGCAUGUGCACUACUUAAAGAUUGAAGCCAGAGAUCAAGCUGAAGAAGAACCCCAGCUGUUUUCCACUGUACUUUUGAAAGUAUCACUAGAAGACGUUAAUGACAACCCACCUAAGUUUAUUCCACCUAAUUACCGUGUGAAAGUUCGAGAGGAUCUUCCAGAAGGAACCAUAAUCAUGUGGUUAGAAGCCUAUGAUCCUGAUCUAGGUCAGUCUGGUCAAGUGAGAUACAGUCUUAUGGACAGUGGAGAAGGAAACUUUGAUGUGGAUAAACUCAGUGGAGCAGUUAGAAUUGUACAGCAGUUGGACUUUGAGAAGAAGCAAGUGUAUAAUCUCACUGUGAGGGCCAAAGACAAAGGGAAGCCAGUUUCCCUGUCUUCCACUUGCUAUAUUGAAAUUGAGGUCAUUGACGUGAAUGAGAACUUACACCCACCAGUGUUUUCCAGCUUUGUGGAAAAGGGUGUCGUGAAAGAAGAUGUUCCUGUUGGUUCAUCAGUAAUGACGGUGUUAGCUCAUGACGAGGACACAGGAAGAGAUGGGGAGAUCCGAUAUUCCAUUAGAGAUGGUUCUGGUGUCGGUGUAUUCAAGAUAGAUGAAGAAACUGGUGUCAUAGAGACUUCAGAUCGACUGGACCGUGAGUCGACCUCCCAUUACUGGCUAACAGUCUAUGCAACCGAUCGGGGUGUUGUGCCUCUUUCAUCAUUUAUAGAGAUCUACAUAGAAGUUGAGGAUGUCAAUGACAAUGCACCACUGACAUCAGAGCCUGUUUAUUAUCCAGAAGUCAUGGAAAAUUCUCCCAAGGAUAUAUCUGUGGUCCAGAUUGAGGCAUUUGACCCAGAUUCUAGCUCUAAUGACAAGCUGAUAUACAAAAUUACAAGUGGAAAUCCACAAGGAUUCUUUUCAAUACAUCCUAAAACAGGUCUCAUCACAACUACAUCAAGGAAACUAGACCGAGAGCAGCAAGAUGAACACAUAUUAGAAGUUACUGUGACAGACAAUGGUAGUCCUCCCAAGUCAACCAUUGCAAGAGUCAUUGUGAAAAUCCUUGAUGAAAAUGACAACAAACCUCAGUUCCUGCAAAAGUUCUACAAAAUCAGACUCCCAGAGCGGGAAAAACCAGAACGAGAAAGAAACGCCAGACGAGAGCCUCUGUAUCGAGUUAUAGCUACAGACAAAGAUGAAGGUCCCAAUGCGGAAAUCUCCUACAGCAUCGAAGAUGGGAACGAGCAUGGCAAAUUUUUUAUCGAACCAAAAACUGGAGUGGUUUCUUCCAAAAAGUUUUCUGGAGCUGGAGAAUAUGAUAUUCUUUCUAUUAAGGCAGUUGAUAAUGGUCGCCCUCAAAAGUCAUCAACUACUAGACUCCAUAUUGAAUGGAUCUCCAAACCCAAACCAUCCCCAGAGCCCAUCGCAUUUGAAGAAUCAUCUUUUACCUUUACUGUAAUGGAAAGCGAUCCAGUUGCUCACAUGAUUGGAGUGAUAUCUGUUGAGCCUCCUGGUACCCCUCUUUGGUUUGACAUCAUUGGUGGCAACUAUGACAGUCACUUUGAUGUGGACAAGGGCACUGGAACCAUCAUUGUCGCCAAACCUCUUGAUGCAGAGCAAAAAUCAAACUAUAACCUCACAGUGGAAGCUACAGAUGGAAGCACCACCAUCCUUACUCAGGUAUUCAUCAAAGUAAUAGAUACAAAUGACCAUCGUCCUCAGUUUUCUACAUCAAAAUAUGAAGUUGUUAUUCCUGAAGAUACAGCUCCAGAAACAGAAAUUUUGCAAAUCAGUGCUAUGGAUAAGGAUGAGAAAAACAAACUAAUCUACACUCUGCAGAGCAGUAUAGAUCCAUUGAGUCUCAAGAAAUUUCGUCUUGAUCCUGCAACUGGCUCUCUCUAUACUUCUGAAAAACUUGAUCAUGAAGCCAUUCACCAGCAUGUUCUUACAGUCAUGGUACGGGAUCAAGAUGUCCCUGUUAAACGCAACUUUGCAAGGAUUGUUGUUAACGUCAGCGACACAAAUGACCAUGCCCCGUGGUUCACCAGUUCCUCCUAUGAAGGGCGGGUUUAUGAAUCAGCAGCUGUCGGCUCAGUUGUGUUGCAGGUUACAGCUCUGGACAAGGACAAAGGAAAAAAUGCUGAAGUGCUGUACUCAAUUGAAUCAGGAAAUAUUGGAUAUUCUUUUACAAUUGAUCCUGUCUUGGGCUCUAUAAAAACUGCCAAAGAAUUAGAUCGAAGUAACCAAGUGGAAUAUGAUUUAAUGGUAAAAGCUACAGAUAAAGGCAAUCCACCAAUGAGUGAAAUAACUUCUGUGCAUAUCUUCGUCACAAUUGCUGACAAUGCCUCUCCUAAGUUUACAUCAAAAGAAUAUUCUGUUGAAAUUAGUGAAAUUAUCAGCAUUGGGAGUUUUGUUGGAAUGGUUACAGCCCACAGUCAGUCAUCAGUGAUAUAUGAAAUAAGAGAUGGAAAUAUAGGUGAUGCUUUUGAUAUUAAUCCACAUUCUGGAAGUAUCAUCACUCAGAAAGCCCUGGAUUUUGAAACUUUGUCCAUUUAUACAUUGAUAAUACAAGGAACUAACAUGGCUGGUUUGUCCACUAAUACAACUGUUCUAGUGCAUCUACAGGAUGAGAAUGACAACUUACCAGUUUUUGUGCAGGCAGAAUACACAGGACUUAUUAGCGAAUCGGCUUCAAUUAACAGUGUGGUCCUGACCGACAGGAAUGUCCCACUAGUGAUUCGAGCAACUGAUGCUGAUAAAGAAUCAAAUGCUUUGCUUGUUUAUCACAUUGUUGAACCAUCUAUACACAAAUAUUUUGCUAUUGAUUCUAGCACUGGUGCUAUUCAUACAGUACUGAGUUUGGACUAUGAAGAAACAAGUAUUUUUCACUUUACUGUACAAGUGCAUGACAUGGGAACACCACGUUUAUUUGCAGAAUAUGCAGCUAAUGUUACUAUACAUGUAAUUGACAUUAAUGACUGCCCUCCUGUGUUCUCCAAAUCAUUAUACGAAGCAUCUCUUUUAUUACCAACAUACAAAGGAGUAAAAGUCAUCACAGUAAAUGCUACAGAUGCUGAUUCAAGCACAUUCUCACAGUUAAUGUACUCUAUCACCGAAGGCAACAUUGGGGAAAAGUUUUUUAUGAACUACAAGACUGGUACUAUAACUGUACAAAACACAACUCAGUUAAGAAGCCGCUAUGAGUUAGCCAUCAGAGCUUCUGAUGGCAGAUUUGCCAGCUUUACCUCUGUGAAAAUUAACGUGAAAGAAAGCAAAGAAAGUCAACUAAAGUUCACCCAAGAUUUCUACUCUGCAGUAGUGAAAGAGAAUUCCACUGAACCCAAAACAUUAGCUGUCAUUACUGCUAUCGGGAAUCCAAUCAAUGAGCCUUUGUUUUAUCAUAUCCUCAACCCAGAUCGCAGAUUUAAAAUAAGCCGCACUUCAGGGGUACUGUCAACCACCGGUAUACCAUUUGAUCGUGAACAGCAGGAGGCAUUUGAUGUGGUCGUGGAAGUGACAGAAGAACAUAAGCCUGCAGCAGUGGCCCACGUUGUUGUGAAGGUCCUCAUAGAAGACCAAAAUGAUAAUGCACCAGUGUUUGUCAACCUUCCCUACUAUGCUGUUGUGAAAGUGGAUACUGAGCUAGGCCAUGUCAUUCGCUAUGUUACCGCUGUAGACAGAGAUAGUGGCAGAAAUGGGGAUGUGUAUUACUACCUUAAGGAACAUCACGAACACUUUCAAAUUGGAUCCUUAGGUGAAAUUUCACUGAAAAAGCAGUUUGAACUUGACACCUUAAAUAAAGAAUAUCUUGUCACAGUGGUUGCAAAAGAUGGCGGAGACCCAGCUUUUUCAGCUGAAGUUAUAGUUCCAAUCACUGUUAUGAAUAAAGCCAUGCCUGUGUUUGAAAAACCUUUCUAUAGUGCAGAGAUUCCAGAGAAUAUCCAGAUGCACAGCCCAGUUGUCCACAUACAGGCCAACAGUCCAGAAGGGUUGAAAGUGUUCUACAGUAUCACAGACGGAGAUCCUUUUAGCCAGUUUACUAUUAACUUUAACACUGGAGUUAUAAACGUCAUCGCUCCUCUGGAUUUUGAGUCCCACCCAGCAUAUAAACUGAGCAUACGAGCAACUGACUCCCUGACUGGUACUCACGCUGAAGUGUUUGUUGACAUAAUAGUGGAAGACAUCAAUGAUAACCCUCCCGUGUUUGUUCAGCAGUCUUAUGCUGCAACCCUGUCUGAGGCAUCUGUAAUUGGGACAGCUGUCAUUCAAGUUAGAGCAACAGAUUCCGAUUCCGAACCAAAUAGAGGAAUUUCAUACCAGAUGUUUGGGAAUCAUAGCAAGAGUCAUGAUCAUUUUCACAUAGACAGCAGCACCGGUCUCAUUUCACUAGUCAGAACUUUGGAUUAUGAACAGUUUCAGCAGCACAAGAUUUUUGUAAGGGCUGUUGAUAGUGGCAUGCCACCACUAAGCAGUGAUGUGAUUGUCACCGUGGAUGUCACUGACCUCAAUGAUAAUCCGCCACUCUUUGACCAACAAAUUUAUGAAGCCAAAAUUAGUGAGCAUGCCACUCAUGGGCAUUUUGUGACAUGUGUAAAAGCCUAUGAUGCAGACAGUUCAGACAUAGAUAAGCUGGAAUAUUCCAUUUUGUCUGGCAAUGAUCAUAAAAAUUUUGUCAUUGAUAGUAAAACAGGGAUUAUCACUCUCUCCAGACUGCGCCGGCACACCUUGAAGCCAUUUUACAGUCUUAACAUUUCUGUUUCUGAUGGAGUUUUUAGAAGUUCAGCUCAGGUUCAUGUAACUGUAAUUGGAGGCAAUUUGCACAGUCCUGUUUUUCUUCAAAACGAGUAUGAAGUGGAACUAGGUGAAAACGCCCCCUUACAUACCCUGGUGAUUGAGGUUAAAGCAACUGAUGGGGAUUCUGGUAUUUAUGGUCACAUUACUUACCAUAUUGUAAAUGACUUUGCCAAAGACAGAUUUUACACAAAUGAGAGAGGACAGAUAUUUACUUUGGAAAAACUUGAUCGAGAAACCCCAGCAGAGAAAGUAAUCUCAGUUCGUUUAAUGGCUAAGGAUGCUGGAGGAAAAGUUGCUUUCUGCACCAUUAAUGUCAUCCUUACAGACGACAAUGAUAACGCACCACAGUUCCGAGCAACCAAGUAUGAAGUGAACAUCGGAUCAAAUGCUGCCAAAGGGACAUCAGUCCUCAAGGUUCUUGCAAGUGAUGCUGAUGAAGGAUCCAAUGCAGACGUCACCUAUGCAAUUGAAGCAGAUUCUGAAAGCGUUAAAGAGAAUUUGGAAAUUAACAAACUGUCUGGUGUAAUUACUACAAAAGAAAGCUUAAUCGGCUUAGAAAAUGAAUUCUUUACUUUCUUUGUGAGAGCUGUGGAUAAUGGGUCUCCACCAAAAGAGUCCCUUGUUCCUGUUUAUGUUAAAAUACUUCCACCAGAAAUGCAGCUUCCCAAAUUUUCAGAACCAUUUUAUACCUAUACAGUUUCAGAAGACAUGCCUAUUGGAACAGAAAUAGAUCUCAUCCGAGCAGAACAUAGCGGGAUUGUUCUCUACAGCCUAGUCAAAGGGAAUACUCCUGAAAGUAAUAGGGAUGAGUUCUUUGUGAUUGACAGACAGAGUGGGAGACUGAAACUAGAGAAGAGUCUUGAUCAUGAGACAACUAAGUGGUAUCAGUUUUCCAUACUUGCCAGGUGCACUUUAGGUGACUAUGAGGUGGUGGCUUCUGUAGAUGUUAGUAUCCAAGUGAAAGAUGCAAAUGAUAACAGCCCGGUCUUGGAGUCUAAUCCAUAUGAGGCAUUUAUUGUUGAAAACCUACCAGGGGGAAGUAGAGUCAUCCAGAUCAGGGCAUCUGAUCUAGACUCAGGACCCAAUGGCCAAGUUAUGUAUAGUCUAGAUCAGUCACAAAGUAUAGAAGUCAUUGAAUCUUUUGCCAUCAACAUGGAAACAGGCUGGAUUACAACCCUAAAGGAACUUGACCAUGAAGAGAGAGACAAUUACCAGAUUAAAGUGGUUGCAUCAGAUCAUGGUGAAAAUGUUCAGCUCUCCUCCACAGCCAUCGUAGAUGUUACUGUCACUGAUGUCAACGAUAGUCCACCACGAUUCACGGCAGAGAUUUAUAAAGGGACUGUGAGUGAAGAUGAUCCGCCAGGUGGUGUAAUUGCCAUCUUAAGUACCACGGAUGCUGAUUCUGAAGAGAUUAACAGACAAGUUACAUAUUUCAUAACAGGAGGAGAUGCUUUGGGACAGUUUGCUAUUGAAAAUAUACAGAAUGAAUGGAAGGUCUAUGUGAAGAAACCUCUAGAUAGGGAAAAAAGGGACAGUUAUCUUCUGAUGAUCACAGCAACUGAUGGGACCUUCUCAUCCAAAGCUAUAGUUGAAGUGAAAGUUCUUGAUGCAAAUGACAACAGUCCAGUAUGUGAAAAGACCUUAUAUUCAGACUCCAUUCCUGAAGACACCCUUCCUGGGAAAUUGAUCAUGCAGGUCUCUGCUACAGAUGCAGAUAUUCGUUCCAACGCUGAAAUUACUUACUCAUUAUUUGGCUCAAGUGCAGAAAAAUUCAGACUAAAUCCAGACACAGGUGAACUGAAAACAUUAGCCCCCCUUGAUCGCGAGGAGCAAGCAGUUUAUAAUCUUCUGGUCAAGGCCACAGAUGGAGGUGGAAGAUUCUGUCAAGCUAAUAUUGUGCUCACAUUAGAAGAUGUAAAUGAUAAUGCCCCUGAAUUCUCUGCUGAUCCUUACACCAUUACUGUGUUUGAGAACACAGAGCCUGGGACACUGCUAACCAGAGUGCAGGCCACAGAUGCAGAUGCAGGAUUGAAUCGAAAGAUUUCCUACUCACUGAUUAACUCUGCUGAUGGGCAGUUCUCCAUUAAUGAGUUAUCUGGAAUUAUUCAAUUAGAAAAGCCUUUGGACAGAGAACUACAGGCAGUGUAUACCCUUACUUUGAGAGCUGUGGAUCACGGUUUGCCGAGGAGGCUGACAGCUACUGGUACUCUUGUUAUAUCGGUUUUGGAUAUAAAUGACAACCCGCCUGUAUUUGAAUACCGUGAAUAUGGUGCCACAGUGGCUGAGGACAUUCUUAUUGGAACAGAAGUUCUUCAAGUGUAUGCGGCAAGUCGGGAUAUUGAAACAAAUGCAGAAAUCACCUACUCCAUAAUAAGUGGGAACGAACAUGGAAAAUUCAGCAUAGAUUCUAAAACAGGGGCCAUAUUCAUCAUUGAGAAUCUGGAUUAUGAAAGCUCUCAUGAGUAUUACCUGACUGUAGAAGCCACUGAUGGAGGCACACCUUCAUUAAGUGAUGUGGCUACUGUGAACGUUAAUGUAACAGAUAUCAAUGACAAUACCCCAGUGUUCAGCCAAGAUACCUACACAACAGUGAUCAGUGAAGAUGCAGUUCUUGAGCAGUCUGUCAUUACGGUUAUGGCUGAUGAUGCUGAUGGCCCUUCCAACAGCCACAUCCACUAUUCAAUUACAGAUGGCAAUCAAGGAAGUCCAUUUGCAAUUGACCCUGUCAAGGGAGAAGUGAAAGUGACCAAACUUCUAGACCGGGAAACAAUUUCAGGUUACACACUCACAGUACAAGCUUCUGAUAAUGGCAGUCCACCCAGAGUCAACACAACGACCGUGAACAUUGAUGUGUCUGAUGUCAAUGACAAUGCUCCAGUCUUCUCCAAGGGAAACUACAGUGUAAUUAUCCAGGAAAAUAAGCCGGUGGGUUUCAGUGUCCUACAGCUAGUAGUAACAGAUAAGGAUUCUUCUCAUAAUGGUCCACCCUUCUUCUUUACUGUCGUGAGCGGGAACGAGGACAAAGCAUUUGAUGUUAACCAGCAGGGAGUCCUCCUGACUUCAGCUGCCAUAAAGAGGAAAGUGAAGGAUCAUUACUUACUGCAUGUUAAGGUGGCAGAUAAUGGAAAGCCUCAGCUGUCAUCUUUGACAUACAUUGACAUUAGGGUUAUUGAAGAGAGCAUCUAUCCUCCUGCAAUUUUGCCACUAGAAAUUUUCAUCACUGCUUUUGGAGAGGAAUACUCAGGUGGUGUUAUUGGGAAGAUUCAUGCAACAGACCAAGACGUGUAUGACACUUUAACCUACAGUCUUGAUCCCCAAAUGGACAACCUGUUCUCUGUUUCCAGCACAGGGGGUAAGCUGAUAGCACACAAAAAGCUAGAUGUAGGGCAGUACCUUCUCAAUGUCAGUGUCACAGAUGGAAAAUUUACAACAGUGGCUGACAUCACAGUGCAUAUCAGACAAAUAACCCAAGAGAUGCUGAACCACACCAUUGCUAUCCGCUUUGCCAAUCUCACACCAGAGGAAUUUGUCGGUGACUACUGGCGCAACUUCCAGCGAGCUUUACGGAACAUCCUAGGUGUGAGGAGGAACGACAUCCACAUUGUUAGUUUGCAGCCCUCAGAGCCUCAUCCACAUCUGGACGUCUUACUUUUUGUAGAGAAAUCAGGUAGUGCUCAGGUUUCAACAAAACAACUUCUGCAUAAGAUCAAUUCUUCUGUGACUGAUAUUGAGGAAAUCAUUGGUGUUAGGAUAUUGGAUGUAUUCCAGAAGCUCUGCGCAGGACUGGAUUGCCCACGGAAAUUCUGUGAUGAAAAAGUGUCUGUGGAUGAAAAUGUCAUGUCCACACACAGCACAGCCAGACUGAGUUUUGUGACUCCCCGCCACCAUAGAACAGCUGUGUGUCUCUGCAAAGAGGGAAAAUGCCCGCCUGUCCACCAUGGAUGUGAAAACAAUCCGUGCCCUGAGGGAUCAGAAUGUAUCACUGACCCCAGAGAGGAGAAGUACACCUGUGUCUGUCCCGGCGGCAAGUUUGGCCAGUGCCCAGGAAGUUCAUCUAUAACAUUUACUGGAAACAGCUUUGUGAAAUAUCGUCUAAUGGAAAAUGAGAACAAAUUAGAGAUGAAAUUGACGAUGAGGCUCAGAACCUAUUCUACUCAUGCAGUUGUAAUGUAUGCUCGAGGAACGGACUAUAGUAUCUUGGAGAUUCAUAAUGGAAGACUGCAAUACAAAUUUGACUGUGGAAGUGGCCCUGGAAUUGUCUCUGUUCAGAGCAUUCAAGUCAAUGACGGGCAGUGGCAUGCCGUGUCUCUUGAAGUGAACGGCAACUAUGCUAGAUUGGUUCUAGACCAAGUCCAUACUGCAUCAGGCACAGCCCCAGGGACUCUGAAAACCCUAAACCUGGAUAACCAUGUGUUUUUUGGUGGCCACAUCCGUCAGCAGGGAACAAGGCAUGGAAGAAGCCCCCAAGUUGGUAAUGGUUUCAGGGGUUGUAUGGACUCCAUUUAUCUGAAUGGGCAGGAACUCCCAUUAAAUAGCAAACCAAGAAGCUAUGCACACAUCGAAGAGUUGGUGGAUGUAUCUCCUGGGUGCUUGUUAACAGUUACAGAAGACUGCUCAAGUAACCCUUGCCAGAAUGGAGGCAUUUGCAAUCCAUCACCUACUGGAGGUUAUUACUGCAAAUGCAGUGCCUUAUACAUAGGGACAUACUGUGAGGUGAGCGUCAAUCCGUGUUCCUCCAAUCCAUGCCUCUAUGGUGGUACAUGCGUUGUUGACAAUGGAGACUUUGUUUGCCAGUGUAGAGGAUUAUAUACUGGUCAGAGGUGCCAGCUUAGUCCAUACUGCAAAGAUGAACCCUGUAAAAAUGGUGGGACAUGUUUUGACAGUUUGGAUGGUGCUGUUUGUCAAUGUGAUUCAGGUUUUAGGGGAGAAAGGUGUCAGAGUGACAUUGACGAAUGUGCUGGAAACCCCUGCCGUAAUGGAGCCCUAUGUGAGAACACGCAUGGCUCCUAUCACUGUAACUGCAGCCAUGAGCACAGGGGAAAGCACUGUGAGGAUGCCGCCCCCAAUCAGUAUGUGUCGACUCCGUGGAAUAUCGGAUUGGCAGAAGGAAUAGGGAUUAUUGUUUUCAUAGCAGGGAUAUUUUUGCUGGUGGUGGUGUUUGUUCUCUGCCGCAAGAUGAUUAGUCGAAAGAAGAAACACCAGGCUGAACCUGAAGACAAACACUUGGGACCAACCACAGCUUUCUUGCAAAGACCAUAUUUUGAUUCAAAGCUAAAUAAGAACAUUUACUCAGACAUACCACCCCAGGUGCCUGUCCGUCCUAUUUCCUAUACUCCGAGCAUUCCAAGUGACUCUAGGAACAAUCUUGACCGAAAUUCCUUUGAAGGAUCUGCUAUACCAGAGCAUCCUGAAUUCAGCACUUUUAACCCUGAGUCUGUGCAUGGACACCGAAAAGCGGUGGCAGUCUGCAGCGUAGCCCCAAACCUGCCUCCCCCGCCUCCUUCAAACUCACCUUCUGACAGCGACUCAAUACAGAAGCCUAACUGGGACUUUGACUAUGACACCAAAGUGGUAGAUCUUGAUCCCUGUCUUUCCAAGAAACCUCUGGAGGAGAAGCCCUCUCAGCCAUACAGUGCCCGGGAAAGCCUGUCUGAAGUGCAGUCUCUGAGCUCCUUUCAGUCUGAAUCGUGUGAUGACACUGGGUAUCACUGGGAUACUUCGGACUGGAUGCCAAGCGUUCCUCUGCCAGAUAUACAAGAGUUCCCCAAUUAUGAGGUUAUUGAUGAGCAAACACCCCUGUACUCAGCAGAUCCAAAUGCCAUCGAUACAGACUAUUACCCUGGAGGUUACGACAUUGAAAGUGAUUUUCCACCACCGCCGGAAGACUUCCCUGCCCCUGACGAACUGCCACCAUUACCUCCAGAAUUCAGCGACCAGUUUGAAUCCAUACACCCUCCUAGAGACAUGCCUGCUUCAGGUAGUUUGGGUUCUUCAUCAAGAAACCAGCAGAGGUUCAACUUGAAUCAGUAUUUGCCUAAUUUCUAUCCUGUCGAUGUGUCUGAACCUCAAAAAAGAGGCACUGGUGAGAAUAGUACUUGUAGAGAACCCUAUACCGCUUACCCUCCAGGGUAUCAAAGGAACUUCGAAGCCCCCACUGUAGAAAACAUGCCCAUGUCUGUGUACGCUUCCACAGCUUCCUGCUCUGAUGUGUCAGCAUGCUGUGAAGUGGAGUCUGAGAUCAUGAUGAGUGACUAUGAGAGCGGAGACGAUGGCCACUUUGAAGAGGUGACGAUUCCUCCACUAGAUUCCCAGCAACACACAGAAGUCUGACGCUCAAGUUUCCCCCAAAGUGCCUGGACUUUAAUAAACCUAGAGAUUAUAUAAAUAAUCUGCAUUGUUCUUUGGAGCAGUGCUUAAGCGCUUUUUUUCAGUGAGCUAAAAUGGGCAUGGCUGCACCGAGUCACAUGACUCUUGACAUGUUAGCCAUUUCCGGUGUCCUGAAUUACUGUCAUCGGAUGAGAUUUUCAUUGGCUGUGCCAUUUCUGAACAUCUUCUGUAUUUACGUUUGUCCGUGUUAAAAUAAUGAAACGAAAAUCAGUCCUCCCAUCUUGUUAGCAUGAUUCAUGUAUUUAUAUAGAUUUGAUUAUUUUAAUUUUCCUGAUUUCUUUUUUUGUAAAUUUCAUGUACAGAUUUGAUUUUUCAUAGUUUUAACUAGAUUUUCAAGAUAUUUUGUGUAUUUGUUUUCAGCGGAAAUUUGGUGGUGUUAGUGUCAUUACCUAGCACCCUGAUUUUUUAAUAUAACCAGGGCUUCACUAUAUGUCUUUUUCCACUGAAGUAUGACAUUUCAUUAAUACAUUUCAAUAGUCAUUCAUUUCUAGCUGUAUAUAGGGUGAGGAAAGAUCUUAUUACAUGGACAUGUCUUAAAUGGGUUGCUGUAUUUUAGAGUUAUAAACAUUUUUCAUUAUUGGAAAGUGUAAUGGAGACCUUCUGCAUACCUGUUUAGAACCAAAACCACCAUGACACAGUUUUUAUAGUGUCUGUAUAUUUGUGAUGCAAUGGUCUUGUAAAGGUUUUUACUGAAAACUACCAUUAGCCAGUCUUUCUUACUGACAAUAAAUUAUUAAUAAAAUACUUUAGCUUUA